UUACUGAACUAGCAGAAGGGAUUUCUUACAGAGAAUUGUGUUUACCGCCAAGAUGCCGAUUCUAAAGCAAAUGGUGGCCAACCCCAAUGCAUCCAAGAGGCGCUCACGGGCUGACCUCACAGCAGAAAUGAUCAGCGCCCCCUUAGGGGAUUUCCGGCACACCAUGCACAUAGGUAGGGCCGGAGAUGCCUUCGGAGACACUUCUUUCUUGAGCAAACCGGAGGAUCAGCAAGAACCAGAAGAAUCCACUUCCAAGCCGGGGCUGCUGUCUCGAACCUUCCGCAACAGCAAGCGUUCCCUUUCGGUGACGAGAGGCGAUCGCAGGGACAUGCUGGGGUCACUGAGGGACUCGGCCCUCUUUGUGAAGAACGCCGUCUCUUUGCCUCAGCUGACCGAAAAGGAAGCGGAGAAAAGUUCAAGCAAAAAGAUGCCCAAGAGUUUGUCUUCCAGCCCAGUCAAGAAGGUUCCCGAAGAGCAACAGUACAUGAACGGGGCAUCCUCUCGAAGCCCCGCACCCGUUCCGGACCUUGUUCAGGCAGAGAAGGAGUUCGGCGAUCUAACAGACUUGCCGGAUUCGGCUCCCAAAAGCAGCUACGGCAUGAAACAUGCAGAGUCCAUCAUGUCCUUCCAUAUCGACUUGGGUCCAUCCAUGUUGGGCGAUAUACUGAGCAUCAUGGACAGCAGUCAGUGGGAGCAGGAUCUUGACCUGAGUAUUGACAAGCUGGAUGGAAAUGGAGCAAACAGCCAACGUUCUGUGCCUUCCAAGCAGACAGGACCUUCGGCAAUUAUUCCCUCAACAAAAGCCGAUCAUGGAAGCCUUCCCGCACCAAGCAAAAACCACCAACAAGUUCAGCCAACCAAAGAACACCAUUCAGUUUCCAGAGGUUCCUCAGGAGCCCCAGAGGGGAAACCAAAAAAAGGAAGAGACUUGUCCUUCAUGGACGAGGAGGAGGAGGACGACGAGAUAAGGGUGUAGGAAUAAGAAGACUUUUAGUUUUAAUACAGUUGACAAGCUAACCAGGAGCAGGUCACAGCUGGCUUAUCCACGUUUUGAUUUGCGCUCAAGGCGCUGGGGAGGAUUCUUUCAGGAACCACCCCUUUCUUCGUGGAGGUCUACAGUCGCUCUUUUUUUAGGAGUUCUGUUGGCAUUGUACA